AUGUUUCGUAAAGCAAUUGCCAUUGGAGGUAUCUCCUUAAGACGUACUUUUGCCUCAAGUAUGAUUAGGAAGGCUAAUCAGCCAGGAAUGAUGAAGGCCAUGGUUUAUUAUGGGGCUAAUGACUUAAGAUUUGAAGACAGAGCGAUCCCAAAAAUUAUUGACCAAAGGGAUGCCAUUAUCAAGAUGACCAACACAUCGAUUUGUGGUACAGACGUUGGUAUCUGGAAAGGUAAGAGUCCUGAAAUCGAAGAGAUUGCCGUCAAAAAUGAAGGUUCAUUCAAUGGACGUGUCCUAGGUCAUGAAGGGACUGGUAUUGUCACUGAAGUUGGUGAUGCGGUGCGUAACAUCAAGAAAGGUGAUAAAGUAAUUAUUUCUUGCAUUACUAGAUGUGGUACUUGCGAAAACUGUGCCAGAGGUAUGUACGCACACUGUAUGAAUGAUGGUGGUUGGGCUUUGGGUUACUCGAUUGAUGGUACACAGGCUGAAUAUGUUCGGACUCCAUUUGCUGAUACCUCUUUGUAUGCUCUUCCAGAAGGAUUAUCUGAUGAAAAUGCUGUCUUGCUUUCCGAUGCCUUGCCUACUGCCCAUGAAAUCGGUGUUCAAAUGGGAAAUGUCAAACCCGGUGACUCUGUGGCAAUUUUAGGGGCCGGUCCAGUUGGUAUGGGAUGUGUGUUGACUUCUCAAUUGUACUCUCCAAGCCUGUUAAUUGUCGUUGACAUGGACGACAACCGUUUGGAAAUGGCAAAGGAAAUGGGAGCUACACAUACCAUCAACUCAGGAAAAGAGGAUGCUGUCGCUAAGAUCUUGGAAAUCACAAAUGGACGUGGUGUUGACUGUGCUAUGGAAGCUGUGGGUGCUCAACCAACUUGGGACAUCUGCCAACAAAUUAUUAAGGAAGGGGGUCACUUGGCAAACGUGGGUGUGCAUGGGAAACCUGUUGACUUUGCAAUUGACAAGUUAUGGAUUAAAAAUUUGACUAUUACCAGCGGUCUUGUUAACACCAAUACCACAUCAAUGCUAAUGAAGAAUUGUUGUUCUGGUAAGUUGCAAUCUGACAAACUUGUCAGCCAUCAUUGUAACUUUAAGGACAUGGCAAACAAUUAUAACAUAUUCAAACAUGCUGCUAAGGAAAAGGCUUUGAAACUUCUAAUCUCUUUUUAA